AACGUCAGUUCAGGAAGUAGUGCAUGGAAUUAAACUUACUCAUUUGCCGACUGAAAAUCCACAUGACCAUCUGCUGUUUCGAAUUUUCUCUGCAAGUGCUGUGAUGGCUGGAAGAAGAGUUGUGGUCUUUCCCUCCUCAGCAGAGCUGGGUCCAGUCUUGGCCCAUCUGGUGAUCUCUCGGGCCGAGAAGGCCAUAGCCUCUCAUGGCAGGUUCACCCUGGGUCUCUCAGGAGGAAGCCUUGUGUCUAUGCUCAGCAAAGAGCUGCUUGCUCUGCCCCAGCCAGAUUGCAGCAAGUGGGUGAUUGGCUUCUGUGAUGAGCGCCUGGUUUCUUUCGAUGAUCCAGAAAGCACAUUUGGGCUUUACAAGAAUCAGUUGUUUCCCAAGAUCAACAUCCCUGAGAGUGGAAUCUUAACGAUAGACUCCUCUCUGCCAGUGGCAGAGUGUGCAGAGGAUUACGCCUGUAAACUGAAACAGGUGUUCCCAGGUGAAGAGUUUCCUGUGUUUGACCUGUUGCUGCUGGGUAUGGGACCAGACGGACACACAUGUUCUCUUUUUCCAGGUCAUCCCCUUCUGGAGGAAACAAAGAAAAUUGUGGCUCCUAUCAGUGAUUCUCCCAAACCGCCUCCACAACGCGUCACUAUGACUUUCCCAGUGGUGAACGCUGCACGCUGUGUGGCCUUUGUCUCAACAGGUGGAAGCAAAGCCACUGUUUUGAAGGAGGUUCUGGAGGAUGGAAAAGCUUCGCCGUAUCCAGCUGCACGUGUUGCACCAACCAGCGGUGAAUUGUUUUGGCUAAUUGAUGACCCUGCAGCUGCCGCCUUGACUAUCCAGGUUGAAAGGCCAGGUGCAGGAGCCAAACUUUAAAACUCUCAGUCUGAUGACGAAUCAGCACAUCAACAGAAAAUCCAAAAUGGUACAUUCCUGCAUUAGUAAAAUUGUGCUUAAGAAUACAUAUAAAUAACAUACCUUAACACUUUCUGGAUAAUUACAUUGUGUUUUGCUGCUGUAUGAAUGUAAUGUGCAUUGGGACAUUUGUUGGAUGUCUUAAUUUUACUGAAGAACAAAGUAAUUACUGUACAUCUACAUUAGUAUUAUUCUUUUAAUGCAUUACCACUUUUUUGUGUGUUAAGACUUGUAAGUUAUAAACAUACCCCAGUGUGAUUAAAGUCUCAGUGUACCUGUA